GGGUGCGGGUCAUCCCUCGGGGAAUGGCCCGUGGGUCUGUGAACUGCAGGCGCGGCGGUACCGGGGACCCCGGGCAGCGUCAGCGGGAGAGCGCCGGGGACGGACCCGCCCGGAGGCGACAGCGGGAGCGGGGUGGUGCCUCUGCCUUUGGGCUGUUCUUGGGGUUGGGUUUGGGAACAGCCAGAGCGUGUGCGUGUGCGCCAGGAGCUCCUCAGCGAGCUGCUGCCUGGAAGUGGUGUCCUUACAGCGACGAACGGCAUCAGCUGCGGCUGGAGUCGCGCCGAAAUGGCUUGUGCUAUAUCCCCCAGAAUAAGCAAGCCUGGUCUUUUGUCUUCACAAUGAAAUGUAACACCUCGUUCAUGUUCCAGGACAGCAAUACCCCAUGUCACUGAAACAACCAGAGAAGAGCCCACUUCCCUCCCAGUUUCUGGGUCUCAGUGACCUUUCAAGAGCUCCCCCUGAAAUGCCACUGCCUGGGUGCCACAGGAAGAGGAUCAAAGAGACUGAUUCAGCCUAUGUGAAGCUGGCAAAGCAAGGAGGCCGACCUGACCUACUGAAGCACUACACUCCUGUGGUAAUGAAGUCCCCUCCAGCAGCAUAUGCUGCACCUGACUGGUUCACACACUGUGUAAAUUCUGCAGGGAUUGAGAAGCCACGGAGCUGUGUUUCCUCUCUACCAGAUUUUAUGGUUCACAGAGAGUUUAUGGCUGAUGAUCAUCAUGGUAAGAGUUAUGAGAGAAGAAGAGGACCUUUUGAGUUUGAUACAAAAAAUGUUUGGCAGCGGGAAGCUGAGGACAAAGAAAAUGCACAGAAAAAGAAGGUAAAGCUUCCACCUAUAAGCCCUAAAUAUCCAAGCAGAAUGCCAACUGUUUCUACAAACCAGGAAUUUAGUGGAGAAAAUAAGCUUUCCUUGCCACCCGUGCCUGCUCAGAGAAAAAUUGAAGCAGUAAAUUUUAGCAAAUUAAUAAGCAAUGGUUAUGGGACUGACUGGUUGCAGCAGUGUACUGGAUGGGAAAAACAGAUUGAAGAAAUAUCAGAAAACAGUGGACACUCUGAAGAUUCAGAAUGCUCUGAAUCACCACCUGCAAGCAAUGAGUUAAAAGCCACCAUUUGAGGGAUGUAAUAAGUAACUUGAAAGAUUCUUGGGGAAACAAAAGCUUUGUAUUGCUUAUACAGCCCACUAUUUACAUGUUGGCUAGAUUAUUUUUGUAACUUAACGCAUCCCUGAUUGAGAUGUUUGCGACAUGGAUGAACUUCGUUGGGCUUGAUUGCAGCAAAUUCUGAAGAACAGACAACAGCUGUCAGUGCUUAGUCCUAGACCUUUUCUUAAUGUAAUAAACAAAGCUAAGCUGAGGUUUUCUC